AACGAGUUUUAGGUUUUGGUAGACAGAAAAAGAAAAUAAUGGCGAAGUGUUUCAACGUAGUUCAGAAGCAGAAGAGAGCACAAAGAGCGGAGAGAAAAAGAGCAACCCAUGGCGACCCUUCAACUAAGAAGCUUAAGAACAAAUCUCAAUCGCUCUCCAUCUCUGGCAAGCGUAAACGCAAGCUUCUCAAAAAAUGGCGCAGGGAUCAAAAAGAAGUUAUAGAAAAGGGGUUGGUGACUAUGGAAGAUGUGGAGAUGGUGGCUGCUGAAGGUACAUCUCAAGAUGCCAACAACAAGGCACCAACAAAAUUCCACAUGAAGAAGAAUUUGAAGCUCAAUUGUGUUAAGCGAAAAGGUAAAAAGAAGGUUUCUAAGCCUGCCAAUGAAGCUUCAGUGGAUUCCAUGGUAGAAUAAGUUUUGAUGAAGGAAACCAACAUUACUCUGGGGGACUUGGCUUCGUACGAUAUUGUCUUGGAAUCAACUUGGCAAGGAUAUUUGAUAGGCUAAUGCUUGUUUUAUUUAUAUAUUUUGUGGUAACAUCUAUGUUCUGCAUACAAUUGUUCUAACCAGUUGAUAGUAACGAGUUAAACUUGUUGGAUUUUAAUCAUUGAA